GGUUUAUAGUGACUCUUCAUUAAAGGACGUUGACAGGAAAAGGAGUUUCUUGUGGAAAAGGUAAUUCGAUGAAGUUCUCGAUACCUUGGUAAAAGUUCACCUGUUCUAUCCUCACUUUAUAGCACAGAAAAUCAAAGCUAAGGGAAGGAGGCACUGUCGAUGGAUGAUGCGAAUUACAAGGGUUGUUUGCGCGAACAGCGUUACUCCAUUACCAAUUAACCGUGAUACCACUAAGUAUCCCAAAAUGACGAUGGAGAAAGGGGUAUGGAACUACAAAAAAGAAAGCAUGUCUGAGUUUCAGAAUUGGUGUCGGAGUCAUCAGGUCCGUGCAUAUGGCAAUAUCAAAAUUUCAAAGGAUCUUUACUUUGCAAGAUGCCUGCGCGCCUCCAAGACUAUUUAUCCAGGACAAGCUAUCAUCACAUGUCCGCACUCAGCAUGUUUUAAUUUUCUGACGAUAGCCAAAGAGAUACAAAAUACCGUAUCUUGUGCCUUCCCAAUACAUUUCGACUGGAUGAAUUACAAUGACAGGCUUCCCUACCUGCAAAGCACCUCUACGUACGAGCUUGCAAUGGCCGGCUGGAUGACUCGCAUUAUCUCCUUAGAAGACUCCCCUUUGACGCCGUAUAUUAAAUAUUUGCUAGAGGACACACGUGGGCGGGAUGGCGUGGCUAACGGAAUUUCGCGUGAGCGGGAGGAGGCCAAUGGCGUGAUUGAUCACUACCUUUCCGAGAUAGCCACCGAAGCGUGCGAGGAUCCUGAGGUUUUUCUAGAGAACCUAUUUAUUUCCUUUGCCUGUAUUCGCAUGCGCACUCAACCGAUUGAGGUCGAGGCUAUCAAAGCCUACAUACCUGGCACAAACUUUUUUAAGGCCGAGGUAGAGAAAAUGUUCGUGCCAACCCUCAUGCCACUCAUUGACACGGCAGUACAGCGUGAGGAUGGUGAUCACAAUACCGUGGUGCAUUACUUUUCUGCCAAGGAUUCCCAAACGUGUGAUUUGCAUCACGAAUUACAAAUCCCAUACCGCGAGCGCGGAGAGGAACCGACCGUGAUAUCAAAGUUAUACACUUCAUCGGGUACUGAAAAGGUCGUCAACCGGGAGAGUGAACCUAAGGACAGGGAUUUACAUAAUGGAGGGGGGUUCUUUGCUCUGCGAGCACUGCGGGCCAUUGAAAAAGGAGAACUUAUAUUUGUCCGACAAUACCCGUUUGAGGGAGGUGCUAACGAGAGGAAGAUGCACUCGAAUUAUAUUGAGGCCGGCCGACUGCUGAGUCAUAAUAAUUGAAUGUGUUGGUGAAGCGUUGAGACAUUGAGGACAGUUCAGCGGUAUUUUUCAUUUAGUUACGAAUACUUAUUGUUAUCUUUAGCUUUUAUCCUUUUUUAUUGUUUUCAUAUCGGUUUUUUUUUGAGGGAAACAACUACAGAAAAUGCAAGUUUGUUGGGUGCCAAAUGCGUUUGUCAGUCAACGGUAGGAUUUCUUAAUAUAUUUGUACGUAAUCAUGGAGUAGGUUUAUCCUUCACAUUUUUAAUUUUAAAAAUUCAAAGACUUUUAUUUUCCAACAUUUUUUUUAGCCUAGCAACACGACAUAACUUUUUUUUCCGAAAUACUAAACUAUUAAUCAUGGCCAAUUUUAUUCCGAAAGAAUUCAUUUAUCGUUAUGGUCUUUUGUUUAUGUGUGCUUCGGCUGCUCUUGGGAUGAUGGUGAAUAACUCUUAUUCGAAUUCAUGGGAUUGGAUGAGGCAAGAGUAUGACAUUUCCCAGUCCAUAAAGAAUGAAAAAAGAAGUUGAACGAAUGAUAUUUUUGAUACAUUUAUUUACUCAGUGCUGUGAAAGUUCUAUGGAUACUGUCGCAUGACUAUGAAGUUUAUGCUUUGGAUGAUAAUUCCGAAUAGCAUUGACCUCAAGAGGUGUAGAGGAUGCUAGCGAGAGUGACCUCUUUCUUUUAGUGGUACUUCGUUCAGUAGAUUCUCAGUUUGAAAAUGGUAUCUCUUGCGUUUAUCAUUAUUAUUUCCAUUUUUCAUUAUUUGUUGACUAAAGAUGCGCUUUAGAUAUAUUUCUUAGCUUUAUGUUCUUUAUCACUUGGAGUUAGUGGUUCGAGGAUGAGAUAUUGAUAGACCGGUAAAAUUCAUUCAUGAGGUUUAUUCUACAUUAUCUAUAUAUAUAUAUAUAUAUAUAUAUUCCCA